AUGAUGAAAAAAAAACGACAAUUACAAUUUGAAGUUGAUAUAAAAAAAGAAAUGCAAUUAAAUAAACUUCUUGAAUUAAAUCAAAAAGUAUCAAAAUUAAUUUCGGAUGGUAAUGCAUCAUUUAAACAAAUUGAAAAUCUUAAAAGAGAUUUUCAAGAAGUUCAAAAGCAAUAUAAAAAAUUUGGAAAAGCCAAUUUUAUUCGCUCUAAUUUUGAACCAAAUCAACUUAAAACAAUUGUUUCAAAUAAAGAAUAUUUUACUGGUGAUGAUGGAACAAGAGAUAGUUUUACUAGUGGUGCUUUUCAUAGACAUUGUGAUCAUCGUGGUCCUACAAUGACUAUAAUUCAAUCAAAAUCAGGUGGUUAUUUAUUUGGUGGAUAUACAUCUGUAUCAUGGAGAUCAUCACAAGGUUAUGUUGAAGAUAGUUAUGAACCAUUUUUAUUUACUUUAACUAAUCCACAUGGUAUUCCACCAACGAAAUAUCCUGUUAUAGAAGAACGUUAUGCAAUUUUUAAUAAGAAAGAAUGUGGUCCUACAUUUGGUUGUGGUCAUGAUUUGUAUGUAUGUGAUGAUAGUAAGAUAAGUACAGGUAGUUAUAUUUAUUUUCCUUGGUCAUACAGCGAUAGAACCAAUCGAGGUUCCGAAACUUUUACUGGUACUAAAUAUUUUCAAACAAAUGACAUUGAAGUUUAUCGAUUGAUAGAAAAUUAA